AUGAAAGUAGAAAAAUACAAAAUAGGAGGUGGUCCAGAACAAACUGCAACCAUAUUAUUACCUGAAUCUACAAAUAACGAUCAGGAUGUAGUUCCUAUUGAAGAGAUAGAAAUAGAACAGUUAGAUGACACAGAAAUGUUUAUGACUAACUCAGCAGAAUAUCAGAACUGUUCUGAAAUGGUCCACAGUGUCAGCGAGGUGCAAACUCCUCAUGAUCUGGUUUCAGUACAAGAUACCCCAGGUCCCAGUAAAAUGAUAACCCAAAAAGAAAAAAAGUCAGCAAGCAAACGAAAACUUUCUGAUCUAUAUGAUGACAUUUUCAUCUUUAACAGCAACAAAAAAAAAUAA